AUGCACAGAAACUCGCAGAGUAGCUACAUUCCACAUACAAGUGCCUCUUCGUCACGUAACGCUACGACUGGCUCGCCUCAGAGCCGGGACGACCAACGUCGCCUGAGCGUAAGAGAGGGCUAUGAACACUUUAGGCGAGCCGAUGUGGACUCCAGGGCCAUAUACCAUCCCCAAACCGGUGGCUCCUACGCAGAUGAGCGUAACGGAGAGACUUGGCUAGAUUUUAUAAGGAACAGAGAGGAGCCUGAAGCUAGUGAGCGAGUGUCGAACCCUGCGGCUUUACGAAGCAGACGUCCAGCUGCUCCGGCUUACUUAAACACUUCUGGUCACCGUGAAGGGACUGAUGCACGCAAGAGACGUUUGACUGCUCCAGAAAGUCCAGGCAGAAGACACGGAAACGGGCCACCGCAUAGUGAAGAUAAUCGCGCCCCGGGAGUCAUUUCACGAUACAGGCCUUCUAUUCCACUGUCAUACAGCAGUAGGGAAGAGUAUGUUGGUCGUGAUCUUCAAAAUCCAUCGGCCAUGGAAAUUGUAGACUCCAUGCCACAAAACUCGGAUAUUGCAGACCAACCUAGCUCCAUGUCUACAGAUUUCAGUGCACUCGAGCCUCCAGGUCGCAAUGAUGUUAUACUUCCUCUUUGGCAACCGGAUCAUGAAGUUUCCAAGUGCCCUAUAUGCGGAAAUUUCUUUGGUCUGUUCUACAGGCGACACCAUUGCCGGAAAUGCGGCCGUGUCGUCUGCGCAAAUUGUUCUCCCCAUCGUAUAACGAUACCACGGCAAUUCGUUGUACACCCACCUUCGCCUACAAGCGGCGGUUCCUAUUUCAAUUCUGAUCUGGAUGAUAUUGGAGGCAAUCCUACAAUGACGAAUCCCAUGAACAAUCCAGCGCUCGGUGGAGGCGAUGAGGUUAGGGUGUGCAAUCCUUGCGUCCCAGAUCCAAAUCUAAGCCCACCGCCUCAGCAGCAUCGCUUAAUUGAUGGCUCGACAUUUCCAAAUUUCUGGGCAGAAGAUCGGGUAGCACAUCAGCAGCGCGAAAACUCGCAUACAAGCACGAGGCACGAUAACAGUGGCAGCUCACCUAUGCCUUCGCGUUCUUCGCUUCAUAGACCUUCCUAUUCCAUCAGUGGACCGUCGGUGGUACCACCAAACAUUCACAGUCGCCCACGCAAUUAUGAUGGACGUACUGGGCUCUACCAAUCAUCACCAACAAACAGUCAGAAUUCCACCUCUCAGUUACUUACUUCAUCGCUGCCUCAGAUGCACCGGUAUCAACACAUGAAUCGUCAGCUCGACUCCAUGCGAGCGCAGAGAAGACCAAUACAACGCCAGUCGUCAGACGCAAAUGCCUACUUUAACACCACGUCCGCCUACAAUACUGGACCAGAUAUCACACCCAACCCGUUUCUACCAGACCCUUCGUCUCCUCUCCAUGCUCAUACAAGUCAUCCGAUGCCCGCCCAACAGCGACCGCAGAUUGCGGAAGAAGACGAGUGUCCGAUAUGCCAGCAAGAACUCCCACCCAAGGGCCCGGAUGGGAGCGAGACUGAACGCGAAGCACACGUCAUGGACUGUAUCGCAUCAAACUUCGUGCCAUCUUCUACACCAUCUGGCAGUGCUGCGGCUAUGCCGUCCCCUUCUAUUCUAGCAGGCACGGCUGUCGCUCCACCAAUGCCGUCACCGAGGCAGAAUGCUGCUCCGGCCCGGUCGUCUUCAACAAGUGAUGCAGUCCCAAGCAGCUCCUCACGGCCUCGGCGGCAAACAGCAAGUCGGAUGCUGCUGUAUCGUGCGACGGAGAAAGACUGUUUCGACAAGGAUGGAGAUAUACAAGAGUGUGUCAUCUGCUUCGAGGAGUUUGCAGAGGGGGAUGAAAUGGGGAGGCUGGAGUGUUUGUGCAAGUUCCAUAAGACGUGCAUUCGCAAAUGGUGGGAAACGAAAGGCCAGGGGAGCUGUCCUACCCACCAGCUUCAUGGCUAG